ACAAUAAAUAUUCUAAGGGUUUUAUUUUAAUAUUAUACCUGAUAUCUAGGGGUUGAUAUCUAUUUGAACCAUGAAGUUCGUCCUAGGGGGAUCGUGUCGUAGAAGUUGGCAUCACUGCCUUGGCUUUGAUUAUAAAUAGAAUUUUUAAUUAAAAAUUCAUUUGAAUUAUUCGUUUAGUUACUAUUUUUCUUAGAAACUGGUGUGUAAAUUUCAGUGCACAGGUUUAAUUGUACAGACUUAUAGAUAGCUUGAAGAGCUUUUUACAAAAAUAGAAAAUGAGUAAAAACCUAGGUCCGCCACCACUAAUGUCGCCUGUAAUGUCGGAUUAUAAUCAGUUUUUUAGAUCAGCUGAGAAUACAAAUAAACAUCGAAUUGAUGAAAUGGGUGGUCCAAGAGAUUUUCUAUAUAGACAAUUUCAAGGACAAGGACCAAGACAGAAUGCAAUUGAGAAGAGAUUGAAUCAGGCACUACAGCAGCCAGUUGAUUUGGGAAAAGGAGAGAGUAUGAUGAAGAAAAUGGGUUGGUCUGGCGGAGGGUUGGGCAGAUCUGGAGAAGGUAUUGUGGAACCCAUCGCACCAAAUGCUGCAUAUGCAACAAAUAAACAAGGAUUGGGAAAAGCAGAAAUCCAAGAGAGUUUCGAUAACCGUGGCGGUGCCGUUUCGAAACCAUUGUUCAAGCAGUCGUAUGGGCCUAAAGCAAUAGAUAACCAAUGGUUAAGAAAAGAAUCUAAAGCGAAACAAAAUCAGAAAUUGAAGCGAUCGCAAUUUACGACCAAAAUGCACAGGAAAGCAAACAAGAAGCAACUCAAAGAAAUCUUAACGACCGCUGUGCUGGAACAAAUAUUAGAUUUCGUUCAAAACGAAAGAGAAAUUGAAUUAUUAUUGGAUAAAAACUUAACAAACGUUGAAAGAAAAACGGUUCAUAACUUGGUUGACGAAAUCAGUAGUAAUACAUAUGUUGGUGGAAAUGUGACACAAAUGGAGUUAAUAGAACAAAUAAUUGAAUACAAUGACUACGAUUUGCAUACGGAGAGCUCUGGAAAGCCGCCAAAUAGACAACUUGGUGUAUACAAAGACGCAAAAGAUUUUAUGUUUCUGGUAAUACCGGAGGAUUUAAGGGAAGAUAUGGAAGAUAAUGAGAAGGAAAAAAUUUAUGAAACUAAAGAUGAUUCAGAUCAAGCAGACGAAAAUACUAACGAGGACUUUAAGUGGGUUGUAAAAGAAGUGUCUAGUCCAUUUUCUGAAGAAAAUUCAAUUGACAGAAAUAUUACCAAUGGAGGAAUAAAUGAUGAUGCAACAGAUAAUGAUGAAAUAAAAGAUGAAAAAACAGAAGUUAUAAAUUCGUUCAAUGAGGAUAGUACCCAUAAUACAGAUCAAGAGAUUUCAUACCAAUCGUUAUUUAAGAAGGCAGAAUUUCCAAACAAUAAGAAAUUUAAAAGGAAACUAGCGGAAGAAGAACUAAAAUUAGUUUUUAAAGAUGAACUAGCAAAAAAUGUCACGAACAAAACAUUUACUGUGAUGGAAGUGUUAGAAAACGUUGUUGAAUAUUUUAUCGAUUUUGCAAAUGAUAACAGUUUCUCGGAGUUUAGGUUUUUGGGGUCGUUUAACGAAACUGAAUAUGAGGCUGUGGGGUUAUUUUUUGACGUUUGUUCGGGGGAAUGCAGUAACAACUGUGAUGUGGUAGAAAAAUUAAGAAAAGCCCUCAACAGCAGUACACAUUAUUAUAGCCUAGGGGCGAACAGCAAUGGUACCACUAUACUACUUAAAGAGAGGAAAAGAUGAGUCCACUGAAAUAAUCACUAAUGAAACUUGCAAAUUACAUUCCAAAUGCAGCCUUCAUAUAGUCUAUCCAACUUUUAAUUUAUUCUUCGGCGCUAGUCAGUCCAAACGUGUUUAAAGCUUUUAAUAUAUAAGUAUUAUGUUUGUCUAAACUAUAAGUUUACUUUGGCUGUGGCCAGACUCGUGGAUGUAGCAAUCAAUAAAUGAUCAGAAC